GACAGAAAUGGAUAGAGAAUACAGAGAUGAAGACAGAAAAAGUGAACAUAACGAUUCUACAGACUCUCUCUCUAGAAACCGCGAACAUGGAAGUAAUUUGGGAUCGCAAGAAGAGAGAGAGAGGGAAGGAAGAAAGGAGAUGGUGACGAUGAAACUAAUAGAUGUGGUGAUGAAUAUAAUAGUCUAAGAGAUGCUGAAGCUAACGACGCAGAAGGAAACUUGAAUGUGGAGAUACCUUGGUAAGGCUCUGUCGUGGGUUCCUCUCCCACCACCCCUUCGUUCCUUUCUAGGAUUCUCCCUGUGCCUGAAACGUUAAAACUACUCCUUCCUCUCGCCUCUCCACCUGUUCCGACUCCCCUUCCAUGGUGUUUUAGAAGACGAGCGUGGAGUGGUAGGUGGGUGAUGCGAGAGGCUGAGAGGGUUUUUUGAUAAGAUAGGACAGGACACAGGACGGAUGGAGAGCUUGUUGUUCGACGAGCUUCUGCAAGAAAUUUUUCAACGGUUGCCGUCGUCGGCGUCCUCAGCCGUUCCUCUGGUGUGUAAGCGUUGGUUGAUCCUCCACCGCAACUGCAGGUCUUCCCUUUCUCUUCGUUUCCCCUCCGCGAGCCCUUCUUCUCUCUCUGUCUUCUCCUCUUUCCUCUCCCGUUACCCUCGUCUUUCUUCCCUUGCUGUCGUCCUCGUUCCUCCUGACAAGUCCACUCCCCUCUUCUCCAUCUCCUCUGAUGCUGCUGAGGGUUGUGAAGAAACCCAUUUUUCUCUGUUGUCGGAACACCUCCUCCUUGCGGUUGCUUUCAAUUGUGGCCAUCUACGCCAUCUCCGAUUCUUGGCAGGCCCCGUCUCCCCUUCUUCCCUCCUUUCUCUUUCUUCCUCCUGCGAGCACCUCUCUUCGCUUAGUCUCUCCUUUGUCCGCCCCUUCUCUUUCCACUGGCUCACCUUCUUCCCCUCUCUUAAGGACCUUUCCCUCGUCGACUGCGGCUCUAUCGGUUAUGAUGAUACGCUACAAUUCGAUUCCGACCAUCACGAAUUGCCCUUGGAGAGCCUCUGCUUGUCCGGAAUCAAGGCCGGCGAUCGAGGCUUCAGAUGGCUGUGGCGGAGCUGCACCAAGCUCCGCAGAUUGCAGUUGCGCAGCUGUGAAGGCACCGGUGACGGCGCCUCCUCCUCUGCCUUCGUUAGGUGCUUGCCUCGUCUCCAAGAAUUGGAGCUCAGGACUUGCAGGAGUAUCGCAGAUGGGGUUUUGUUGCGAUUAGCCGAACACUGUGGUUCGCUCCACUCCCUCCUCUUGUAUGAUGGGGGAAGCCGCGAUGGUCUCCACCAUUUCAUGAGCCAGUACAGGUCUACUCUACGGAAGCUCGACCUUCGUCUACCUCUUGACCUCGACAACGAACACCUCUCCGCUGUUGCACGGAAUAUCAGGGGACUCGUAAGCCUUCGCCUCCAGAGCUGUUGCCUCGUCACCGGUGAAGGACUCAAGACCCUGAGCUCCGCCGUUAACGCCGAGCUUGAAGAAUUGGCUCUCAUUAACUGCGACGUCGUCGAGAGAGAACCUGGGCUGCUCACCACUUUGGGUCAGAGCCUCAGGGAGCUUCGUAAAUUGGAUUUGUCCUAUAACGAAAUGUUACGCGAUAAGGAACUCGUUUCCAUGCUCGUCUCCUGUAAGAAUCUGGUUGAUUUAAAUUUGAGAGGUUGCAGAGGGCUUACGGGUGCUACUCUGCUUUCCAUGUUCAAAAGCUGCAAGCUUUUGGAGACCAUCGACAUCAAGCAGUGUUGCAGGAUUGAGGCUGACAAUGUUGAGUUCUUUCUUCUCAACUCCCCAAGACUCAGACAAGUCCAUGUUGAAGAAAGCAAGAUCUCUGGUGUUGCGAAGACAUGGGCUUCCCAGAAAUUCAUCAAAAUAAUUGAUUGAUUGAUUGAAGAUUCAACUGUAAAGAACAGCAAUUUAAUUUUAAUGUUCAGAAUUUCAAGUUUCAAAUCAAACAAUCUCUCAAAUGUAAUUUAUCAAUUCCACUUUGAUUCUAUUUCCCAAUUAAAAGAGGGGGGGGGGGGUGUGAAAUCCCAGAUACAGAGUCCUGGUUUUUCUUUCUGUUUAAUUUAGAAUUCAAAUACUUCUGCCUCUCUAGUUUUGUUUAUGUUGUUGAGAAAAUAAAAUUUGAGCUGGAAUUUUGAUUUGGCUGGUUUUAUAAAUUGAUUCCCUGAUUGUGAACUUUUCUCA